CUACGAACCACACCGCAUGACUUAUUGAUACAGAGGGACACUACAUAUCGCCGCGACUCGACGAGUGCUGCCACUGCUCUGCACGCCUCAUGUCUCACCACAUCGCCUUUCACCCCUCAUAACGCCUGCUGCCUCCCCGCAGAUCGGCGCCAUGUUCAAGGCACAAGUGCUGCGGCGGAGCUUCUCAGUCUUCAACCGAGUGCCCAGCUCGAGAAUAGUACAGUCCGCGGCACGUGAUGGCCACGAAAGCAUAACGAUACACCGUGUACGGAUACGAAGGCCCUUCCUCAGCAGACAGCGACUCGUUGGCGCAGUGGCUAUUGCUACAGCCACCUACGGACUCGGACAAUACCUCGGCCUUGAAGUAGAAAUAGAAGAGGAGGAUGUGCAAGACCAUCGGAAACCAGGGCGUUGGAAGAAACAGGCUCGCAAGGAAGACGGGACUCUCGAGGAGGUAGACGACGAAGAAGCAAAUGAGGACGAAGACGGAGACGAAGAAGACGAGGAUGAGGAAGAGUACGAUGACGCUAUCCUGUUUCUUCCCACUGGAUUCUCGCGACUGAAGCCCAAGACCUUCUACAAGGGAUCAGACCCAGAAUGGCAGGAGUUCAAGAAAGUCAGCCAAGACAAGGCGAGGAUAGAGAGAAUACGGCAGGAGCUCGUGAAUCUCGUCCGCACCGCAUGCAGCACACCAGCAUAUGUUGCAAAGAUUGGAGAAGUCGAUCACAAGAAGGGUCGAGUCUGGAUCGAGUUCAAGUUUCCGGACGGACCUCCACCCGAGUACGAACGGCCAGGCUAUGAAUUGACAGAAGCCCUAGAAUGGCGCAAAACCACACGAGACGUCGAACCUGCCCUUCACCACCAACUCAACAAAGUCCUCUAUCCCACCGCAGCCGCCGGCGCAUUGUACGAAGACACAAAGAGGAAGGCGGAACGAUCAUGGAAUGACUUUGCUGUGUACAUGGGAUGGGCAGAAGAGAGCGAACACCUUACAGUCCAGCAAAUGAUGCAGCAAGUCGGAACCCCUUCGAGGCCUACGAGUCCCGCUGCGCCUCCAGCAACCGCAGCCUCUGCUUCACCUUUUGGUGCUUCGUGGCCUGCGGCCACACAGCAGCCAGCUGCGCAAUCAUCUUCACCAGCAGCUGGCUCUGCAAAGGACCUUGGUUUCGCCCUUCCAGAUCCCAAAGCGCUCACGCUAGACCUCGGACAGUUUCGACAGGACUUCCAGAAGGCGAACAGGGGCCACGUUCAUCACCUGCCGCGUGGUGCGUUCGGCGUCCAUGCCCUGAUUGAGGUGUACGGCAGCAAAGCGCGCUUGACGCUGAACGUGAUUGGUGUAUAUGACCCAAAGGUAGGACGGUAUGUUGGGCUCCACGCGAACAUCUGGAACCAGGCAGCGCACCGACAGCCGCCGAGAGGGGGACCAUAGACUGAAGGACGAUUGGAGUACAAGAGGAGACAGCAUCAGCGAUGUAUAUGGGUUUGAGCGUGUUCGUUCUGGUUAAGCGGCAUCAUGCAGUGAGCACGUCUGGCGUUUCGGUGUACUAUACCUUGAUGAUUGUAGAGCACGGACAGAGUCAAUCAGCAGCGCACAUGUGACAUAGCCGCGGCGAUUCUGCUCAGUCAGGUAUAUAAGUCCAUCUCCCCCC